CUGCAAGUAAAUUCACUACUUUUUUUUAUUAACAAAUCUUUCAGUUCAAUUCAAUAUUUGUCUUGAUUUUUGUGGUGAUUUAGUGGUGGUGAACUCAGUUGGUGUUUGUUAUAAUUAUAAUUUAUACGUUUUAAACAGUACUUAAGCCGUCAUGGCGAACCUGAAGUCGGAUUUAGACGAGUAUUUGCUUCAAAACGAGAACCGUCGAAGUUACAAAAUUAGUUUACCAUUCUCUACUCCCAGUUUCUUCUCCCGAAGCAAUGAAGAAACGCCUGCGAGUAGUUCUAGUAGUGGAAGUUGGUUUCAAGAGGUGCAAAAAGAGUAUUUCACUUUAAGUCGCACACAAAGGUUCAUGGGUUUCGGAGUAUGCCUUUUCUUCGGUAUCCUGUGCUUCAUCCUGUCAUUCCUCUACAUUCCCAUCUUGAUCCUGCAGGCACGGAAGUUUGCUCUCCUCUUCACACUCGGAAGCUUGUUCUUCAUACUAAGCUUCAGCUUCCUCUAUGGGCCCUGGUCUCACUUGAAGUCACUCUUCUCAAAGGAGCGAGCUCUCACAACCCUACUGUACGGCUCUACGCUAAUAGCCACACUGUACUGUGCACUGCAUCUACAAAGCACUCCACUAACUAUUGUCUGUGCGGUGCUGCAAGUCAUUGCUCUUCUCUGGAUGAUGAUGGGCUCCAUCCCGGGAGGCUCCACGGGUGCCAGGUUCUUCGGAAGCAUGUUCAAGUCAUCAGUGUCAAGUACACUGCCAAUAUAACAAAUGAGUGAUGUUAUUGUUAUUGUGUAUGUGUAUUAUAGGGGUAUUUACUGCUAGCUUUGAUUAACAAGACAUGUCUACAUGCAUUAUGUUUGUAAGCUAUUCUGAGAGACGCUCAACAAGUGCAUAUGGAAUUUGUUCAACUAUUGGACAAAUAAUUCAUUUUUAAACUGAACUGAUACUAUUUACUGGUAUACUAUUAUCAUCAAUUAUUAUAUAAUGUUAUGUCUGAAGACAUGUAAGGCUCAGUAAAUGCGACCUAAUGAUGAGGGGAGACAUGUUUUGGUUCUCAUUUAUGUUUGAAAUUCCUGGCUGUUAAAUGGCUCUAGCACAAUAAAAGGUGAUAAGCUACAUUCAAUUUUGGGGAAGGGAUUCCUAUUAGAAUAAUAUGUAAUCAUAAUAUGAGCAAUGACUUGUGACUUUUUAUACAACUUAUUCAUAAUUUUCGAAACUGAUUUUUAAAAAUGCUCAAGCAGCAUGUAGCUGGGUUUGUAUACACAAUUGUGAUAGGAUAAAUAUGUAACCAAUGAUUAACUUUUAAAUUAACUUUGUAUCAA